AUGCUCCUCAAGGCCCUCGCUCUAAGUGUUUUCACAGCCAAUGUUUCGGCCGGCUGUUUCAGCGGCGGCGUCGGAUGGGUAGAUGACCGAGACGGCGCUGCCUACCACGCCGAACGGGCCUGUCGUGGCUUUGACGGCCAGGCAGGCAAGUUCCAGGGCACUUUCAAGCCCGGUGAAAGCAGAAGCGUCUGCGUGGAGCUCUCUGGCACCGUUCGCGCAGACUUCACCAUCCAGAACACAAACCUCAACAACGCUCUGGAUUUGAAAGAUGACGACUGUGUGGGUAAGCUCCGCAACGAAAUCUACGGCUGCUGGUAUGGCGGUGACUCUACUACAGAUGGCUGGCGCGUUAUCGGUGACCCUAACAAUGGUUUCUGUUCUUAG